GCCGAAGGGACGGCCGCUCUUUGGCGAUGUGCGCAUCCCAGUGUCUCCAGCCCCAGCGCCGUUUCCACUCCAGCAUGGGAACCGCUGUGUCCAAACGGAAGAACCUGAGGACCGACGCGAUAUCCUCCGUGGCAGCCAAAGUUCGAGCAGCCAGAGCAUUUGGAGAGUACCUCUCUCACAGCAACCCAGAGAACCACAACGGAUCAGACCACCUGCUGUCCGACACUUUAGUGGUCCAAGACUCGGAAUCGCCUGACGCGGCCUGUCCCCACGGCAACAGUCUCCGCCCUCAGCCCCGCCCCUCACAAGCAGUGCAGCCCAGCCCAGAGAAAGAGGAGCAGCCAGGCAACUCACAACUGAAGGCGUCCCUGCGGCGCCCCCUACCACUAGAUCGAAGCUUCUCCAUCGAGGAGCAGCAAGAGAAGCGGCCCGAGGGCACUGUCCAGUCGCCCCGUGUAUACACCAUCACCGGUGAAGGAGGCAUGUUGGGAGAUCGAGGCAGUGAGGAGAGCCUGGAGCUGGAAGUGUUGAAGGGGAGCCAGGAGGCGGAGCCCCCGUCAAGCCAAACUCCAGCUCUGGCUAACUCUGCCCUCCAGCAGGGGCGUGGCCACCACCGACCCACCCACAACCGACCCACCCAUCACCGCAGCCACCACCAUCACCAUGGCAAUCAGCCAUCGCAGCCCCUGCAGAGCUCAGGGAGCACCCACAACAUUCGUGAGUGGGCGGUGCGCAGGGCGGGGUCCCGGGAGGAGCAGAGCCCUGACUGCGAGGCCUGCUGCCGCCCACCAUCCCACAGCCAGCGCUCAUUGGACUUGGACAGCUGCCCACGAGACGGGGGCAGGCAGCGCCGCAAGCUGGAGAGGAUGUACAGCGAGGACCGCGUGUCCGCCGAGGAGAGAGAGGAUGCGGUGAACAGCUGGUUUCCCAAGGAGAACAUGUUCAACUUCCAGACGGCAACCACCACCAUGCAGGCUAUAUCAAACUUCCGGAAGCACCUGAGGAUGGUGGGCAGCCGGAGAAUGAAAGUUCAGAGCGGGGACCUGCAGUCUUCCUCAGGGGCUCUGAACGAAGAGAUCUGUGAAGACCUGGACUGGGAGCAGGAGAGAGAGGUGGAGAAGGCAGACUGCCAGGGAGAUGACUUCAUCCCCCCAAAAAUAAUGCUGAUCUCCUCCAAGGUCCCAAAGGCGGAGUACAUCCCAAACAUCAUCCGACGGGAUGACUCAUCCAUCAUCCCCAUCCUCUACGACCAUGAGCGUGCCACGUUCGAUGACAUUCUGGAGGAAAUAGACAAGAAGUUGACUGCUUACCGGCGAGGCUGCAAGAUUUGGAAGAUGCUCAUCUUCUGUCAGGGGGGGCCCGGGCAUUUGUACCUGCUGAAGAACAAGGUCGCCACGUUCGCCAAGGUGGUGAAAGAGGAGGACAUGAUUAACUUCUGGAGACGCCUCAGCCGCAUGAUGAGCAAGCUGAACCCGGAACCAAACCUGAUCCACGUCAUGGGCUGCUACGUCCUGGGCAACGCCAACGGAGAGAAGCUUUUCCAGAACCUGAAGAAUCUGAUGAAGCCGUAUUCUGUGGAGUUUAAAUCCCCACUGGAGCUGUCAGCGCAGGGCAAGGAGAUGAUUGAGAUUUACUUUGACUUCCGCCUCUUCCGCCUAUGGAAAGCCCGCCAGCACUCCAAGCUGCUAGAUUAUGAUGACCUCAUGUGACCCACUUGUCCAGCACUGCUGGCCCCACUUGAAAACCGUCCCACUCGGCCGGGACGCAGUGAAACAGAGCCCUCGGCAACAACGAAGCUGGGGGGAUAAGAGGCGGGAAGAAUAAAGGCCUGCCCAAAGGGGAGUGCCCAUUAGCUAGCCCCUCCCCCUUUUAGAACUCUGGGCCAAUGAAGCCACAGCCUCACUCAGUGUGAGACGGGAGGUGUGGAAAUGGGACCUGGAGGUGUCUCAGUAACGUUUCGGGGGUGGAGACCCCAGGAGAGCCGGGCAGCAAGAAAGCAAGACUGCUGGGAUGGAAACGGACGACGGCCUCGGAGCAUCGCUCUCAGCAUACGCUCGAUUCUUCCUCAAAGAGACGGCAAAGACUGUAAUCUUUAGGCCAAUUAUUUGUAUGGACUUUUCCAAGGAGGAAGACCACUGAAAUGUAUACAUACCUUAAAAACAUACAGUAUAUCAAUAGUUAUAUGACUAUUCUGUAUUUAAACUGUUUGGUUUUAUAGUCUUACUGUAACGGUAUUAGUCACAGGUUCCUUUGAUAAUCUCAGGUUGACCAAACCUUUUCUUGAUCGUGCCCAAUGUGAGCAACCAAGCCAAUCUGAGAGUCAGGCCUAGGGGAGUCAGGCUUAGGGGAGUCAGGCCUACGGGAGUCGUCUUGGUGUGUGUGUGUGUGUGUGUGUCCGUGUGUGUGUACAUAUAUGCAUUUCCUGGUUUUUCAGCACUCUGAUUGCAGUUUGAGCAGAUUUACAAUAGGAUUUAAACACGCUUCCCAGUGUUUGCCUGGGGGCUGACGUGUCUUGGUGAUUUUCCGUUAUUUUUCUGCAUAUUAGCCAAACCCAUUCUUACUAAUGGGGGAUUCGCGUCACGUCCUUUAGAGAACGAGGCAGUAGCAGUAGCGCCCCCAGAGUUACAGGGUGGCCUUGUAGUGAUAGUCUGUAUAGAGCCAUAUAGUCAUUUUGUCAUGCAUGUGUUUUACACCAGUUUUGGGUCAGAAUUUUUAACAGGGGGGGCAGUGGGUAGAAUUGGAAAGUCGCCUUAAGCUUGGUUAUCAGAGCUCCUUAGUGUUGUUAAUCUACGUAGAAAAUCUUUUAAACUGGCUGGGGGAGUGUUUGGGUUUCAUACCAGUGACACAACUGCUCACCCGGUCAUGCUCUGCCUUUCCUUGGACUGUUUAUAAACAACGAUGAAAGUGAUGAGGCUUCAUAACCCAUGAUUGGUGAACUUAUGGACGAUGUUUUCUGCCUGUUAGUUCGCUCCCGUUCCAGGCUGUGAAGCCUCUUGUUCCCUAGCUGUUUUCUUGGUUCAGCGUCUCAGGCUGCACUGGAUGAAUAACAGGUUUACUUUGCCCUUUAGCACCAAGCCUGCUUUCUCACACUGACUCAUAGCUGCCCGCGUGCUACAGGCCCCAGCAUUAAGUACCCGGUGACCCAUUAGCCGGUAGCAUCAUAGUGCUGUGGUGAUCGUCACUUUGACUGAACUCGUCACUUCCCUUGAGCUUUGCUGCCCAAAACUGGGUACAGGGGCUUGUCUGCUGGGUAACACACUGUAGCCUCACAACUCCAACUCGGAAUGUUCAGGAACUUAGUAUGUCCUUCAGGUACGAUGCCGUUUCCUUCCACAGUUCAAAAACAUGCAGCCCAACUGGUAACUCUAGAUUGCCCAUAGCGUGCAAGUAUGUCUACCUAGUGAUGGACUGGCCUGACAUCCAGGGUGUUCCCUCCGCUUUGUGGGACUGAUCCCAGGCUCAGUGCAGCCCUGUGCUACGUAAGCAUUUACAGAAGAUGACGAGGCGAUGGUUUAAGUUCAGUAAACUAAUUAGCAAUUUUACGCAACAGAAUGAUUCGGAUCUUCAGAAAACAGGAUUAAUAUGAACAAUCAAACAGAGGGCAGGUGAGGGGUAACUAUGCAGGGAUCUGGUUACCAUGCAAGGAUCUCCUGGAUGUGGCCGAGUUCAUUGUGAUUGGAGCUCUGAUUGCCUUCAGCUUUUGACUUUGUGUGUGUGUGGGGGGGGCGCUCACUUUAGGUUCAUAAUCAGAUGCAUGCAUAGAGGCUGCCUGACACUUAGGUUAGAAUAAGUUUGAAGUAGUUUAUCGCAUAGUUUAUAAAAGGCAGCCUUGUCAUCUCGAAAGCAUCAAUUUUUAAGAAACUAGUAUGAAAAAUGUCAUUGUGUUUGUGCGCUGUCCCGAGUAAAGUUAAUGGUAAGGUUUCACUUUGAAACAGAGCCUCAGUGUAAGUCCGCUAAUCCACAGCGGGUAUGAUAAAUGCAGUUUAGGGUGUCUGUGGCUGCAAGCCGUGAGCCAGCUGGACAGAUGGGGGGCUUCGUGAAGGCGCUGGGGGGGGGGGGGGUACCAUGUCCAGGCUGUCUGGAGCUGAGGGCACGUCAAACACGCUUUCAUCUUCCGUCAACAGCAGUGAGCUCUGGGGCUCCAAUGCAUCUUUUUACAGAUCUCACCCACAGGCGUAUUUUGGGGAAGCAGGCAGGGAUUUGGAAGUGCAUCCUAGCCCCCCCUCCCCGUAUCCAGCUGAGCCGUGCUCUCACUGGAGCUGCUGUCUACACGGCCUCAGGACCUUUGGCACUUUUUCUGGGCGGCAUGCCGUCCAGUCCUCCUGUCCCCACCGGAUCCCGACCCCCACUGGAUGAAUGGUUUAAUGAGCUGGGCGUAUCUUUAAGGGGCCGGGUGCCCCGACGUGUGUGCCUGUGAGGGUGAGGUAGGGCAGAUGGGAGGGGGGAAAACGGCAAAGCCAUGAAUCACGCUCUCUGUCUCAGUAUCUGCACUCCAGGCCUUGGUGACGGGGCCACACAGCAUUUCCUGAUGCUUUUUGAACUCUCUUGGUAGCAACACCCAUGGGGAUGUUAGCUGUACUGUUAGGAGCACACCCUGCCUUCUUCGCGCUUCUUGAUUCGGUGCCUGGUACCACAUCAGGAUUUUUUAACACUAGUGACUUUGACUUGGGACAAGGAGCUGCAACACGCCACUUGGAGGUUUCAUGGCCUGCUUCAGCCACACAGCCAUCGACACCAAUACGAGUCAACGUUCGUGCUUUUUAUUGUCCAGAAGAUCCUCUCCUUCCAGGUCAUUUUUACUCACUUUGUCUCAAACUUCUUCAAGUGUUUUUCUUUUGGCCAGGAGAAUAAUUGGAAAACAUAAACUGAGGACUUUUACUAAAAUGUUUGCUUUUGGAGUAAAACUUAAAAACAGACAAAGACGUCAGGCUGACACACGAGAGGCCCAGAGACACGGCUGGUGUGGAGGAGUCUUACAGACGGAGACUUACGGGGUGUGACCCAGCACGACAGCAGCCUGGGGGCACCUUAACGCACUGCUUUAUUGGUUUGCUCUGGAUUCUUCUAUAGUGGAAACUGGCCCACCCAGUUAGCAGCAAAAGGCGAGUCGAGGAGACACUGGCAGAGACUGGAAAUCAUGGAUCCAGCGAAAAAUGGGGCCAGAGAGCAGGGACGGAUUUGGGAAAGGGGUCUGAGUGACGCCCUCCGCAUUUGGGAGACGGACGGUCCCAGGAGAUGCUCUCCCCCCAGAAUGAAGUCUUCCUCCAACGGUUACGUGGACGCACAGUAGCCGACGGACCAAAAACAAGCAAAUAAAAAAUAAGGAAUGGAAAAAAUGGAUCCGUAGUCCAAACCUCGCUGUGGAUGACACAUCUUUUAUCUUUAUAUUCUGCAGCUAAAAGCUGAGUUUUCAAGCAGUAUUUUCACAAAGCUUUGUUGUAGUCUUAGGUGGUCACACCAGACUUCCAGUUUAUGAUUAAUGCUCCCUGUAUGAUGAGUCGCUCUGAGUCAUGAAGGGGUCGAUCUGCUACGUCAGGACUCCCGGGGUGCCACACGUUUAGUGAGAAUUUCCAUAACUCUUAGGUCACCUUGGGUAGUGAAAAAUCGAAACCUUCAUGCUAUCUGAGGUCACUAGAUCAUUUCGUAGGUUGAGCAGUGUUUUAUUUCCAAUAACAAUUAUUAUAGUUAAAAUAAAACUAAUAUAACUAAUAGUAUUAUUGAUAUUAAAUAUUAUUUAAUUUCCUGGCGACGAUUAAUAUAGGUAGUGAACCUGAUUAGUACGUAGCAUUUGAAUAGAGGGGGUUAAAUUUGGAAGCAAUGUUUUCUGUACUUAUAGAAUCUCCAGUACUGUAUGUUAAGCACUACAAUAUUAGUACAAUACUGAGCAGUGUAAACUGUUUUUAAAAUAGUUUUUUUCAGUAAAAUGUACUUAGUUUUAAAUGAA